AUGUUGCCAAAAGGAAGUAAGUUGAGAGGGUGGUAUGAAAAGUAUGAUGAGCUAGUUGAGUUUUGGAAGGAGCAUGGGCACUUUGUGUUGCCCGUGAAACCCCAAUUUAGUACUCUCCAGGGAUGGAUUAAUACGCAGCGUGGUAAAAAGAUUGGAGGAGCGCUUGGGUCAGUAGUAAGAAAAUCCCAUGAUUAUCUAUUGGAUCGAAUUGGUUUUCCGUGGAGAUCGGAUCGUAUUGAGUUUGAUUGGCAAUUGUGGUACAAUGAGCUUGUCCAGUUUUGGAAGGAACAUGGACACUUGGAAGUAAAGCACACUGAGAACUUGCCUCUGUACGACUGGAUGAUUCGACAACGACAAAAUUACAAGGGAACCGGCGUAAAGUUGACGGAUCAUCAAAUGGAAGAGUUGGAAAAGAUUGGGUUUCGGUGGUGA